AAGAGCACCAGCACAACAGUCAACAAAGGCAUAUCAGGAGAUUUGUGGCUCCAAGUGGGGUAACGAAGCGGCGUAUCUGGUCCGGAAAGAUCGGGUGCCGGUCAUAUGAACUCCGCCUAAGGCAUCGUCUGAAGAGCAGUGGUGGAGUUUUGGGGCCGACCGAAGUAGUCCCACCGACUCGUCAACUUUCUCCUCAACUGUAUAUAUUUGCCUUUCUACCCUCCUUCGCCCUUUUUCUUUUCCACUACCGCACUUAAGAGCACUUCCACACUACCAUCGACAAACAACAACCAACAGCCACAAAUCUACAACUUGAACACUCGGACACAAUGUUGUCCAUUUCCACCAUCUUCGCCGGUUUUCUGGCCCUGAUCAGCGCUGUUCAUACCGCUCCCACCUCCCUCGAUGAACAGCCGGGCUCCGUCUCGGGCUACGGCAUAGUCCCGAUCUCCUGGGACCUUCCCGUCAACCUCGACGACCCCACUGGUGCCACCGUUACAGUGACCGGCACUAUUCAGGAGGCCAUCGCCCAGAUGGACGCCAGCUACCCCGGCUGGAACGCCACCUUCCAGGCCCGGGUGACUCCUCCCUCAGGCGAUAGUGCCAGCUUGGACUCCACGGCCAACCUUGACGACCCGGACGACAUCAACUGUAACGUGGACUACAAGUACGCAGGCAAGGUUACCAUCGUGUGGGGUAUCAACUACCUGCGUAGUAUCACUGGCAAGCCGAAGAACGGCCCAGGCCCAAACAAUUGCGGGCGUGUUAGCUGUUCUUGGAACUCGGCCAUCUAUUGGUGCAAUGAUGAUACCGUUGAGAAGGAGCUCACCUGGAAUGAUAUCGCUGAUGGCGCAUCAGCUGUAAACGAAGCGUGUAAGACUAACCGGGGUCACGAUUCCAAGGGGCGCGGCAGCUACGAUGACCAUUGGAAUGUUCUUGUUCGUGGGGAUGUCUGUUGAUUACAGCUCGUUAUCCACGACAUAGGUACUAGGGAUACCGGAGUGUUCCUGGGACUUGGCAACAGGAGUUGACCUCGCUAGUCUCUGACCAAAUAGACUGGUCUUUGAGUUUUAAUAGUCACGGAUUUGACGGUGAAAUGUUGAAUAAUUGUACCUAAGUGAGCCCUCC